AUGGCCCGCGAGAACCUCUCCGUCGUGCUGGCCGAGCGCCCCGUCGACGACAUCAUCCCCGGGCGCACCUUCAAGCACGUCACGGCGCCGGCGCCGACGGCCGCGGACCUCAAGGAUGGGCAGAUCCUCGUCGAGGUGCUGUACCUGUCGCUGGACCCGGCGAUGCGCGGCUGGCUCAGCGACGCCCGGUCGUACCUCCCGCCCGUCAAGAUUGGCGAAAAGAUGCGCGGCCUCGCCGCCUGCCGCGUGCUGGCGUCGCGGUCGCUCAAGGCGCGCGAGGGCGACUUCGUGUCCGCGCUGGCCGGCUGGACGCGGUACGCGGUGCUGCGCGAGUCCGAGUUCGAGCCCGCGUCGCACUACCCGGGCCUGCGCUCGCCCGUCGACAUGCUCUCGUCGCUGGGCAUGACGAGCCUCACCGCGUGGGUCGGCAUGGCCAAGAUCGCGGCCCCAAAGCCCGGCGAGCUGGUCGUCGUGUCGGGCGCGGCGGGCGCGACGGGCAGCGUCGCGGGCCAGAUUGCCAAGAUCAACGGCGCGCGCGUGGUGGGCAUCUGCGGCGAGGAGAGUAAGUGCCGGUGGCUCGAGGAGGAGCUGGGGUUUGAUGUCGCGCUCAAUUACAAGGCGGCCGACUUUGAGAAGCGGUUCCGCGAGGAGACCAAGUCGUACAUUGACGUGUACUUUGACAACGUCGGCGGCAAGAUCCUCGACAUGGCCCUCGCCCGCGCCAAGGAGCACGCCCGCUUCGUCGAGUGCGGCCUCAUCAGCCAGUACAACACGUCCAAGCCGGAGGGCCCGCGCAACUUCGCCAAGGUCGUCAGCAUGCGCAUCCAGAUGCAGGGCUUCAUCGUCUUCGACCACGCCAAAGACUACCCGCGCGCGCGCAAGGAGCUCGCCGGCUGGCUCGCCGAGGGCAAGCUCAAAAAGGCCGAGCACAUUGUCCCCGGCGGGCUCGAGGUCGCGGAGAAGGCGCUCGUGGACCUGUACAAGGGCGUCAACAUGGGCAAGAUGAUUGUCGAGCUGAAGAAGCCGGAUGCGAAGCUGUAG